GCCCAUAACUUCCUCAGCUUUUGUAAACAAGAUAAUGAAUAGGGAGAAUUGCAAACAAGAACCAUGUGUGGAUGACUAUGUUGAUUCGAAAGGCAGACCUUGUAAGCCCGGCAAACAUGGUGGUAUGCGUGCUGCUCUUGCCAUCCUCGGACUUCAGUCAUUCGAAAUGAUGGCUAUUGCUGCGGUUGGAAACAAUCUUAUCACUUAUGUGUUCAAUGAGAUGCAUUUCCCUUUAUCUAAGUCUGCCAACGUUGUCACAAACUUCGUUGGCACCGUCUUUCUACUUUCUCUCCUUGGUGGCUUUGUCGCUGACUCCUACCUCGGUAGCUUCCGUACCAUGUUACUUUUCGGCUUCAUUGAGCUAUGUGGAUUUAUAUUGCUAUCUAUACAAGCUCAUCUGCCUCAACUUAGACCACCAAAAUGUGACAUGAUGUCGAGUGUGAGCAAAUGUGAGGAAGCACAAGGUCUCAAGGAGUUCAUAUUCUUUGCAGCCGUCUAUUUGGUCGCUUUAGGAAGUGGUUGUCUAAAACCAAAUAUAAUUUCUCUUGGAGCUGACCAGUUCCGGAAAAAGGACUCUAGGAAGCUAUCGACUUAUUUCAACUGUGCCUAUUUUGCAUUUUGCAUCGGUGAGCUCAUAGCACUAACGGUUCUAGUUUGGGUGCAAACAAAUUCUGGGAUGGAUAUAGGGUUUGGUGUUUCAGCUGCUGCCAUGGCUGUCGGAUUGAUAUGCUUACUUUCGGGAACUUCCCUUUAUAGGAACAAGCCUACUUGUGGAAGUAUAUUCACUCCGAUUGCUCAAGUUUUUGUAGCUGCAAUUACGAAGAGGAAACAAGUUUGCCCUUCAAGUUUUAGGAUGCUCCAUGGAAGCCAAAGUACAGUCAUCCUACACCAUAAUGUCUCAACCGAGUCACAUGGUGGUAGCAGCCUCCUCCAUACCGAUAAGUUCAGGUUCUUGGACAAAGCAUGUAUUAAGAUUCAAGACGAUACUCGAAGCAAUGAAAGUCCAUGGAGGUUGUGCACUAUGUCCCAAGUUGAGCAAGUGAAGAUACUCAUAUCAGUAGUUCCCAUUUUUGCCUGCACCAUCAUCUUCAACACCAUUUUAGCACAACUCCAAACGUUCUCUGUUCAACAAGGUAGUAUUAUGAAUACCAAACUCACCACAAACUUUGAAAUUCCUCCAGCAUCCCUCCAAUCCAUCCCAUACGUCAUGCUAGUAUUCCUAGUCCCUCUCUAUGAGACGGCCUUUGUCCGCAUUGCACGCAAAAUCACAGGGCAUGACUCAGGAAUCUCUCCACUACAAAGGGUCGGUGUCGGGCUCUUCAUUGCAACAUUCUCCAUGGUUUCAGCUGCAGUAGUUGAGAACAAGCGAAGAACAAUGGCUUUGAGAGAUCCGAGAGAAACCCUCUCAAUCUUUUGGAUCGCACCACAGUUUCUUGUUUUUGGGGUCUCAGAGAUGUUCACUGCAGUUGGGCUAAUCGAAUUCUUUUAUAAGCAAUCAUUAGAAGGCAUGCAAUCUUUCUUGACAGCAAUGACGUAUUGCUCAUACUCAUUUGGAUUCUACUUAAGUUCUAUCUUGGUAUCCCUUGUGAACAAGGUCACUUCUAGGUCCGGCCAUGGUGGAUGGCUCAGCGACAACAACCUCAACAACGACAGAUUAGACCUUUUCUACUGGUUAUUAGCUGGUCUAAGCUUCGUAAACUUCUUUAACUACCUUUUCUGGUCAAGGUGGUAUUGCUGCAACCCAUCAUUGGUGGGUCAUCAUGAGGGCCCUGGCUGCCCCAAGGUUUCAACAUCCAAUAGAAACGACAUCGAAACAAGCUAACAACAUCACUUCCAGUAAGCUUAUGCAAUACAUAUAGUAAUAGUGAGAGAAAAAGACCUAGAAAUGAUUAUCCUGAUAACCUUUAGAACAUCAAGUGCAGCAUUUUACGGGUUUGACUUUGUUAGUGCCGGAGUCCUUUGUGUGUUUAACUUUGAUGCCUAAGGGUCCACCAUAAAAGAUUUAGCUCACCAACUGAUUUGAAGAGUCUAAAAAGAUGUUAGGUAUAAACCCAUCACCUCUAUGCUUCAGUGUGCUAUUAAUUGUCUCCUAGCCUGCUUUCAUUCCCUUUGUACAUGUUAUAAUAUGUCAUGAGUUUCGCUUUUGUUA